AUGGUAUCUAAACAAAAACGCAUCCCUAUCUUGUACAAGCAGUUUCUCCGCCCCGCCACGAAGACGCAGAUAAAAAGCCUUGGGCAAAGCACUAAGCAAUGGCUCGUACCAAGCAGACUGCUCGCAGAACCGGAGGAAAGCUCCUCACAAGCAACAAGCCAUAAAGCUGCUCGCAAGCCAGCUCAUGCCGCUAGAGGAGCAACGAAGCCCCACCACUACUUUCCCCGAACGGUCGCCUUCGUGCGUUCCGUCGCUACCACAAGUUGA